GCAGGAUGAACCUAAAAAUAGGAUGGAAGUCCUUACUCAAGAAAUUGCAGAGAGCUUGGGUUCAAGUGGCUAUAAUGGGGAAGCAGCCCGAGAACUAUACGCACAGAUGCGUGCUAUCAACAUCAUCGAAAGCCUUGGGAUUCAUUGGCACUUCACAGAUGAGAUUAAAGAUAUCUUGCAGCUUGUUUAUAGGAAAUGGGAUAAGGAUGCUGGACUGGGAAGUGUAAAAUCUACAGCUUUGGGCUUUCGCUUGCUCAGACUAAAUGGAUACCAGGUUUUUGCUGAUGUUUUAGAAAUCUUUCGCGGGGAAGAUCACGAUGGAGAGUUAUCUUCUCUCUCUAAUGAAUCAUAUGAAGGCCUUCAGGCGACCUUGGAUCUCUACCUAUCUUCUCAACUUGCAUUUCCAAUCGAAACCCAAAUAAUGGGUGAGGUUGCAAGAUUCACAGAGAAACGACUACGAGAAGCACUUCUACAGAAUAACCCUCUUCUUCAAACCAACCAUUUAAUAGAUGAGAUUGAGUUUGCAUUGUCCAACUCAAGGAAAAGCCUUUGGCCGAGGCUGAGGCCCGAGUCUAGAUGCCUUGCUCAUCAGCUUUGGCCUGGAAACAAAACCAAUGAAAAAUAUUUGGAGUUGGCCAUUCUUGAAAUGAACUCCCUACAGAAACUCUAUCUAGAGGAGAUUGAAGAACUAAACAGGUGGUGGGCAGAUUCUGGUUUAGAUAAGUUUGAGUUUGCUCGUUAUCCGGUUCUAAAGUGUCACUUUAUAAUUGCGGCCGGUCUCUUUGAACCUGAAUUUCAUGAAGCGCGAAUGGCAUUUGUCAAGAUAGCAUGCAUGAGUGCAAUACAUGAUGAUAUCUUUGAUCUUCCAACUUCUCGACUCGAGGAUCUGAGCCUUUAUUUCCAAGCUGUUGAGAGAUGGGACUUAUCUGGUAUAGACGGUCUUCCCGAACACAUGUCGCUCACCUUCAAGUCCUUUUAUGCCACUGUCAAUUCAAUUUCAGAACAAGCCAGCAAGUCCCAAGGCUGCAACCUCUUCCUUUUAUUUAGAGAAAUAUUCACAGAAGUGCUAUGGGCACAUUUGAAGGAGGCAGAAUGGAGAGUAUCAGGUGACAUUCCAACAUUCGAUGAGUACAUGAAGGUCGGACCUAUCACAGCGUGGUCUACAACAUGCAUCACGAGCACGAUAUUCCUAAUGGGGGAGUAUGUAUCAGACGAAGCACUGAAAUCCAUUGGCCCAAGCUCAAAUCUGCUCAAUCUGGUAAGCGUCGUUUGUCGACUCUCCAACGACAUUGUCACGUUUGAGAGAGAGGCAAGUCAUGGUGAGAUGGCAUCUGCCAUUGGAUGUUAUAUGAGAGACCACCCAAAUUGCACCCAAGAACAGGCAGUGGCCCAAUUGAAAGACAUGAUUGAAUCAAGCAACCAUGAAAUUGAGAGGGAGUGGUUUAAGUGCCAAGAGGUUGCUCCUGAUUGUUGCAGUCGUGCAGCUGUCCAUGUCGCGAGAUUUAUGAGCCUCCUUUAUGGGAGAGAAGAUGGAUUUUCAAAUGCUCCGGACAGUGAUUUUGAGACAUUGGGAGAGAAGAGGGUAGGAGAUCUUAUCAAAGAAAUCAAUGAGAAUUUUGGGUCACAUAGUGAUGAUGGGAAAGCCAGCCAGUGUUUGUACGAGCGACUGAGAGAUGUUGACAUAAUGGAGAGGCUUGGGAUCCACCCUCACUUCAAGAAUACUAUCAAGGAUAUCUUGCAGUCUGUUUAUAGUCUCCGCGAGAAGAUUUGUAUCCAUGCCUUGAGGCCAAAAUGUGGACAUCUGCAAUGGGAUUGUGAUCUUGGACUAGGUGAUAUACGAACCACAGUCAUGGGAUUUCGCUUGCUCAGACUACACGGAUACCAAGUUUCUGCAGAUGUUUUGAAAGGAUACCUAAAGGAAGAUGAUGGAGGGCUAAGUUCUCUCUCGAUUGAUUCCCAUGAAGGAGUAUGUGUGUUACUAGACUUGUUCAUGUGUUCGCAGUUUGCCUUCCCAUGGGAGUACGAGAUAAUGGAAAAAGCAGCAACCCUCUCAGAGACUCAACUUCACAUUUCACUGCUGAAAGAUGGCCCUCACCUUCGCAUAAACAAUCUCAAAACUGAG